AGACCUCUUCGCCCUUUUUUUCCCCACCCGGUUCGUUUGAUACUUAUGGAGGAUGAUGACAGAGGAUGGAGGCUGCGGCACUGAUACGACAACAACAAGAAGAAGAAGAAGGAGUAACAACGAGACGGAGAGUGUCGGUGCAUGAGGUCUUCAGGUCCUGCUGCUAGGAGAACCCAUGGAGCCAGACAUCAUGCCCUUGCACCCCUCCACCCCCCCUCCACUGGACGAUGACGGCGAUGGGGAGACGGAAUCAGACGAGGACGAGUUCGGGGACUUUGGGGGAUUCUCUCUUGGGGUGUCCUGUUCGCCUCUUAGCUUCGCCGAUUCCACCGAUUCAUCAUCCAGCCUCAGGCAGCCUUCUUCCACCAUAAAACCAGCCACUCAUCAACCCAACAGCAGCUUUAAUCAUCCAGUUAAACAAUCCCAACCCACAUCUUCUGUGAACUCGGGGUCCGACGAUGGGGGCCAGAUAGAUGUGGAAGGGCAGGAUCAUAGUGCUGAAUCGUGUGUGCGCCUCACGAAUGGGUACUCUGAAAAAGACCACAACUCUGAGCGGAGCGACAUAGCCUCUGCAGUGGGUGUUUGUUCUCCCAGGGAAGAAACAGGGUUCGCUGAUUUCACUGUGUUUACAGAGCAGGCAGCACAUCCCUGGUGCUGUGGCUUCACUCCCUUGGACAGCACGGAGCAAUGGGAUGGCAAAGCUGCAGGGACAAACUCUUCCAACAGACUGGGUGAUGUAGAACAGGAGGUUAUCAUGGACUCGGAGCCAAGACCUUAUUGUGCAUGUAAGGCAAAAGAAAAAGUUAGCACUACGGUUGAGCACUGUGAGAAUAGAGAUGUAGCACCCGUGCUGCCAUCUCAGGACCACCGUCAGCCUCAGGAAGCUGCAGAAGUUUUGGAGUUUCCAGCUGAAGAGGGGUCUGAGGACAGUCAGAGGGAAAGGAGGCACAGUUUGAACUCUGUACAAACCACAGACGUGCAGGAGGAUGGAGACUCAGACGAAGACAGAGAAGAUCAAGAAAUGAGCUUCUCCAAUGCGCCCCAAACAUUCAGCGUGUAUGAGUCUGCUUCCGAGGACCUGCCGUCUUUCUGUGACGAUUUGUCAUUCGAGGGUCCGUCUGUGGAAGUGGAACCGAAUGUUUCAUCUCUAGCUUCAGGGGAUCAAAGCGACUGGGACCAGACUGAUGACGAUGAGGAAGAACAGGGAAACUCUGUCAGCAGCGACAGCACGACAAAUCUCAAGUCUAAGGCGGAGAAGGGUUUUUACCACGACCAAUCUGCGACUCAGGAAAUUUCUGCUACCUCCAACCAGCCACAAUCUGGAACACACACAGAAGACAACUUUGCAGACUUCAAAGACUGUAGUUCUGAGCAUCAAGAAGACCAAGGACAUGUCCAAAUAGCUGAUGCAGGAGUGCAGAGUCUAGGAAACCUCCCACCAAGUGACAGCUUUGCAGAUUUCUGCUCAGCGCCCACGCAAGAGGAUGGAGAAGUGACGUGGGCAGAGUUCAAAGACCCGAGGGCUCAGGAGGAGGAAAGAACUUGGACGCAGUUCAGAGAGCAAGUCAGCAGCCUGCAGACUGACAGAAGCACUGAGGAGGAGGACAGGGAAAGGCAAUGUGGGGUUUCCAGGAGGAACAGCGGUCAGGUGUCACUCUCCUGCCGUGUCCAGCAGCUUCUCCUGCUCAGUUUUCCAGAGGUGGAGGUCCCAGCUGUGGAUGGUGAGGAGGAGAAGGAGGAGGAGGAGGAGGUGAUCAGCCUUGGUGCUCUGCUUCACACCCAACACCUACCUGAGAGCAAAGAGGAGGAGGAGAUGCCAGAACCCUGUCCCAGAGCUCAGUGGAUUCAGUGGGGCACGUGGUGGCCACACCAGGACCUCCACAGUGCAGUUGGACUCCGGUUUCAGUGGGGAGGUUCACAUACAAACAGGACUCUGCUCAGGUGCCUUGGUAUGGACACGAGGCACAUUGUGUUCAUUGGCCAGAAGAAGCAGCCAGUGGCUGUGCCUGCUUUUGCAUCCGGACUGGGAAUGCUAGAGCCCACCAAAGACUCUGUGCCAGCUGUCUGUCCUGCAGGACACACAGCGGUCACAGUACCUCCACCUCCAGGAUCCCGAGUAACACCGACCCCCUCAACAGAUUCAAUGCAGGAGGCGCUUCCCUCCAGCCAGACGGACUGGAGCAGCCGUGGCCUUAGCAGCUCUCAGGACGGUACGUCCCCUCGCCGAGCCCCUCACUUCUGGGGCCGGAAGUAGACUACAGUUACAGCCAUCCCCUACCUGGCUUCUUCUUUUCAAGCCAAAAAAACGUUUGAGAGUUUACUCUGGAAUCCUCUGGACUCUUCCUCACUUCCUCCAGGGCAUGUUCUGCUUCUUUUAAUUUUCACGCCGUGUUUCCCCUCUGUUCAUUCAGCAGUGUUUUGUGAUUUAAAUGGAUUUCCUCUCUUGAAUAACAAAAGAAUUGACCCAGUGUUCAGAAACAAAACUGGGACUCAAGUACGACAGAUGUGCAGCAAAGCAGAAACAUUACCCGUCAGUCACUUUUGUUCCAGAACAAUAAAAGGGGAAACACUGUAUUUCUGUAGUGGCUUCCCUUUUCUACCCCCCUUCAGCUACUCUAGUGUCCCGUCUUUAACUGCUGCCACCUUUUUACAGAGAAUUUAUCUCAGUAUUUAUCAGCUGAUACAGGAACCAUGUGGUGUCUAUGUUAAAGUGGUAACACCUGACAUGGGUAAAGGCUAUUUGAUGAUUCUGAAGUUGUUUUUAAACUACAAGAUGAAAAUCUAAAUAUGAGGAGCAUGGUCAUAAUAUGUGCCAUGUUGAUUUCCUGGAUGUGUUUGUCUAAAGAACCAUUUCAUUGAAUUUAUUGGUGGCUGCUCUUCUCUUUAUUACACUACGUUUGCCCACAGCAUGAUAUAUAACAAACUUAGACUGACCCUGUGUGUCUGACAGUACUGUCAAGAUUUUGGCUUUAUCGGUUUACGGUCUCCUCCGGUUAUGUCAGAAAAGAGAGAAAUCAAAGAAAAAUAACUCAAAUAACCAAGAGUCAUUCUUUGCUCAGGCAAAAACAAUGAAUAAGAAUCUGAUUUAGAUCAGUAGUGUUUAGUGUUUGCACAGAAAAUCAAUCCGAAAAUUUGGAGCCCCACAAACGUCAGUGUCAGAAUUCAGAUAAAAUCGCAAAAGGUGAUUUAAUAACUAGUUUGUUGAUGCAUUAAACAAACAACAAACAUACAAAAGUAUUAUCUUUUAACUUUUAAUUUGAACUUUUGGCUGACUUAAAAAAGACUACAGGCUAUAGGAAGUGUUUGCCUGGCUGUCAGUUCCAUGUUUGACAUCAGCAUGCAAGCUGGCACACUUUCUGUUGUUGGGUGGAGAUGAACAGCUGAUAAACCUGUCUCAUUAACUUCACCAGUCAUUUUCUCAAAGAUGCCUACACAAGUCCACAGGUUAAAAAUAAUAACGGCAACAUUUAGACUCAAUAGAAGUGUUCCUCCUCCGUUAUGUUUAGUUUCAGCUCUUUGGAUCCGUCCACAUCGACUCAAACAAGACGGAUGUUCAGCGAUUACAGAGCAGUGUUGUAAUAGUGUAGUAUGUGCAGCAGAGGGCGGUGUAUUCUCUGUAGGUGGUGCAGCGAAAAAGUCAAAACACAUACUGUUGGAACAACUUGAAGCCAAACCGUACAAUCAUUCACUACUAAAGGAUAUGCACUUCAUGUAUUUAAGAAAACUUCUAGAUUUGAAUUGUUUUUGCACAUGAUGAUCUGUCUUUUGGGUUUUGAUUUAUUCUCUGAGGUCGACAUGCUCGGGGGAAUAAUUGUCAUAACAGAAAGAAAAGCAUCUUACAAUUAAAACAGAAGAAAUAUUGGCGACAGAGCUAAACGUAAGACUGCAGUUGUGAUUAUUUAUGCUGAUUUUAUUGGGUUAUUGGGGACGCUUAUGCUGUAUGGGCAUGCUGAAUAGGACAGAGGAGUGUUUAUUAAAAUCCACUUGUCAAUAUUUCAGUACCAGUGUUUCUACAGCAACUUUCUGUAACUGCAGUUACAGUUUCAUGAGUUGUGCCUUUAUGCCAGCAAUUCUUUUUUUUAAAAAGUACUUUCUGUUUCCAAAUGUGAACUUGUGUUUGGACCUGACAAAAAUCUGCUUGUUUGUUUUGUCUUCUUUUGCUGAAAUCCAGAUUGAAUGCACUGCAGUAAGGACUUGUAGGAAAUCCUUGUAAAUACUGAAAUAAAUCAGUUGAUCCUUU